CGAACACGGCCGCGCGCACUCCCCUUCACAUCCCUGCUAUAAAAACAGCGGUCAUCCGCACACACCUCAACAGUUAACGCAUCUAAUACGGACUUAGUCGCGGGAUAUCUGAGCAGCAUCUUAUUGCAAGAAGAGCCUCAUCACAAUGACCAGGUCAGUGCGGGAGGAGCAGGCGGUGGAGGCCAACGACCAACUUUGCAGCCCCACAGCAGCGGUGGAAGAGGUGGAGGAGGAGGACCUACGUAUGGAGGAAGAAGAGGAGGAGGAGGAGGAGGAGGACGAAGAUGGAGAUAUCAAACCAAAGAGGAGAGGACCAAAAAAGAAGAAAAUGACCAAAGCACGGAUGCAGAGGUUUAAAAUUCGUCGAAUGAAGGCAAACGCACGUGAGAGGAACCGCAUGCAUGGGCUCAAUGAUGCCCUGGAGAGUCUGAGAAAAGUUGUCCCCUGUUACUCCAAGACCCAGAAACUGUCCAAGAUUGAGACUCUGCGACUCGCCAAGAACUAUAUCUGGGCCCUGAGUGAGAUCCUCCGCUUUGGCAAGGCUCCAGACCUAAUGAGCUUUGUCCAGGCUCUCUGCAAAGGCCUGUCUCAGCCCACAACUAACCUGGUUGCGGGCUGCCUACAGCUGAACCCCAGGACCUUCCUGCCAGAGCAGACCCCCGACCUGCAAGCUCACCUCGCACCAAAUGGUGCUGCUGUGUAUCCUGGACAAUAUUCCUACCAGAAUCCUGGCCUCACUGCAGGCCUGCCAAGUCCACCUUAUGGUACCAUGGAUCCCUCCCAUCUUUUCCACCAGGUCAAGGGACAGCCCUAUGGCCCAAUGGAGGCUUUUUUUGAUGGCGUCGUGGUGACGGAUGCACCAGUGUUUGACCCACCACCAAGCCCGCCCCUCAGCAUUAAUGGAAAUUUCUCCUCUUCUUUUAAACAUGAAGCUGUCGCGGCCACCGACUACGAGAAGAGUUUCUCUUUCAGUAUGCCUUACAACGGAGCAGCAGUGUAUGGCAAUGGGAUCAACAAUCCAAGGUGUGCUGAACUGCAGGUGGAUGGGCUGGUGGGCUUUGACGGACACACACAUCAUGAGCGACUGAUGAAUGCCCAGUUAGAUGCAAUCUUCCAGGACUCCUGAGAAGAUGAAGGACAGCAGGAGACCACACUUCAGUUGCGGAUCUAUUUCCAGGAUUCUCAUGAAGCCACACAGGCAUAGCUUUCCUCAUAGCUCUUUGACCUGCAGGUGAAACUCGCUGGUUGCCUUGUCAUGAUCAGUUGUAACCAAUCUAUAAGCAAUAAUCUGGAGGAAACUAUGCAAAAGUGAUCUAGGUGUUCUGAUGAUUCCAAAUAUUGAAAGGCACCACAUCCUGCUCUUUUCAUUGGCGUUCAUUCAGUGACAUUAUCGUUCCACCAGAGGAGCACUGCAGUACGUUCAUUCUGACAUAAUAUUCGAAACUAUAUCUGCAGCGUUUCAUUCAUGGAAUGACUUGGAAGUCUUCUGAAAAAGUCUUGCUUUACUGAUCACCUUUUAAAACAUGAUGGUAUUUCAAAUUUGACUCAUUGUUCUUGCUCAUUUGACCCUAAAAUAAAAAUAAAAUAAAUCUCUUUCCCAUGACUUCUUCACAAGCACGUCGUCCCCACAGCUGCAAAGCACAGGAGAAUGAUCGACACCUAUUCAUUUGAAAACGAAGGUGUGGUUCAUGGUGAAGGUGACAGCGACUCGAAUGCAGUGAGCUUUUCUUACUUUUUCAUUUGUUCUAGGUGUCGUUAAUGUUGCAAUGUUGGAAUCUGCCAAUCAGGUUCAUGUCAAUCAUCAUUUUGAUGAACCCAUUUAAAAGUAAUAAGGUUCCUCUGAUUUGGGGUCCACAUGCAGUAGCUGCAAGUGUUGAUAUGAUUUGUACUCUUUUGUCACUGAUUCUGUAGCACUCUGUGAUUUUGUGUUAUUUUAUACCAUAGAUGUGUAUUAAGGACUUUUAUUAAAAAGAAUAAAAUUACACAUUUCAAUCAAGA